UGAUCAAGCUUCUCCUGCGAUGCUAAGAGGAAAGAGCAAAACUCAAGCAGAGUUCCAAGAGGAUAAGAGAAGAGGCAAGAGAGUGGUUUCACAACCUCAAUUAGUUUGGUCUAAAAAAGGGGAACGGGGCUUAACAAGAAGGUCAAGAAGCACGGAGGAGUCUACAGCGAACCCAAGAAGCUUGAGUGAUCCAAAGAGUGUGAAUGAAAGGUCUGUAACAAAGGAGAAAGCUGGCGGUUUGGUGGAGGCCGGAUCAGUUUUCAGCAGAUUGGGGAAUAAUGAAAAGGAACAAGGCUCUGGGGGUAGUAGAGGUAAAAGGGGCUCGCGAAGAUCAGAAGGUGAUUUAAGGGAGAAACUAAGUGGAGAAGCUUUGGAUGAUAAGAGAGAUGGUCAAUCAAGCAAAG